UCCAAGGUUCACUCAUUGAUGUCUGAACCAAUUCGCCUCUCUCUCUCUCUCUGGUUUGCAAGCAACCCAUUUCUUCUCUCUUCUGUCUUCUCUCUCAUCGAAGAAAAGGGCAAAAAAUUUCCGAGAAAAAUCAUGUCUUCCCCAAGCAAACGCCGAGAGAUGGACUUGAUGAAACUGAUGAUGAGUGACUAUAAGGUUGAGAUGAUCAACGAUGGCAUGCAAGAGUUCUAUGUACAUUUCCACGGACCCAAUGACAGUCCUUAUCAUGGAGGUGUGUGGAAGAUAAGAGUUGAGCUUCCAGAUGCUUAUCCAUAUAAAUCUCCCUCAAUUGGCUUUGUUAAUAAGAUCUAUCACCCAAAUGUUGAUGAGAUGUCAGGCUCAGUUUGUUUAGAUGUUAUUAAUCAGACCUGGAGCCCCAUGUUUGAUUUGGUGAAUGUAUUUGAAGUGUUUCUUCCCCAACUUCUUUUGUAUCCUAACCCAUCUGACCCUUUAAAUGGGGAGGCUGCAGCUAUAAUGAUGCGCGACCGUACUGCUUAUGAACAAAGAGUUAAAGAGUACUGCCAGAAAUAUGCUAAGCCAGAAGAUAUUGGAGCUGUCCCUGAAGAGAAAUCUAGCGACGAGGAGAUGAGUGAAGAUGAGUACGACUCUAGCGAUGAGGCAAUGGUUGGCCCAGUGGAUCCUUAGCCUGACCUCUUUUCAACUCUGUAUCUGUACAUUAUGUUUUAGUUCCUGUAGCUGAACUCAUGGACCGACCUAUUUAUUGUGGAGGGAUGAAAAGAAUGAUCCCGACCGCUUUCAUUAGUAUCCUUUGUAUCUGUAAAUAAAUAUGCCUUUGGCUUCAUGUUGUUGGAAUAAUUUUGUUGGUUGGUUGAUU